CACUCGUAACAGUCUCAACGCAAAGAAUUCUGGGUAAAAUUACCUGGAAGGAAAUUUGAAUUGUGUUCAUGUGAAAUGCAGCAGCAGCCGAUUUAUCCGAAAUUAACUCGUUUCGAGCGUGGACUUCCCCUCAGAGAGUCCAGAACAUAUGCUCCAUUCAGAGCCACUCAAAUAUGGAAUUCUAUUGUGGCAUAUUUAAAAGAAAACGUUGAAGUGAAACGGCGACGCCAUAUCAUGAAGUACUACAACAGCUGUUUCACAGGCUGCUCUGCUGUGGAUACAGUGUAUGCUUACCUGACAACUGAUAAGGAGGUAUUUAGUGGUAACAUAUCACGAGACAAGGCUGUCAAAGUUUGUCAGACAAUAUUGGACAAAAAGAUCUUUGAAGCUGUCUCUGUAUUUGUACGAAACAGCUACACUAACUCUUCAAAAAAGCCAAUAUUUGAGGAUAGCAACAGCAAGUUAUAUCGUUUUGUCCAGAACACCAGUUCACCUACAACCACUUCACAACAAAAUGACUCUAUUUCUUCAAUAGAAGGCAUUGAGCUUGAGGAAAAUAACAAAAGUAUGGAAACAGAUCCUAUAUCUCGCAGGAUCUCAUUGGACCCAAGCCUUAUCUUCCAUUCUAGAAAUACAGAUGAACCAACAACUCCACAGCCACUUAUGCGUGUGCGAAGUACAGGGUCAAUACAACUUUUCCAAAGUACUCCAAUUACAAAGAAACAAGAAAGUACUUUAUCAGUUGGAUUGAAAGACGAUGUUCUUCGCCAGGUAUCACUGUGUGAACUGUUGCGUUUACUUGAUAUCCACAUUUUAGAUGGAUUUCUUGCACAUUUACACAUGGAAGAUGGUUCUAGGCAGAAUGGUUGGACAAACUAUGGACUUUCAUAUGCAACUUGUGCCUCACCAAUGUUUGGCAAAAGAUCACAUGACCCUUUUUUAACAGCUGCUAUGGACUGUCUAGCAACUUCCACACAAGACUUACCUGGAUUGAGAAAAGAAGGUUUCUGUGUACCACUCUCUUUAGAGGAGAAACAGCAUCUAUUUGAGACAGUUGUUAACCAUUACAAAAAUUUAGAUGAACCUCUUCUAUCAUCAUGGGACUUAGACUUUCAUUUAUCUAUUCGGAACAUGAUUCUUAAUGGAUUUGAAGAAAAGGCUAAACAUGCUUUUCAUCUGUAUUCUCUCAUACUUCCAAGAUUCCAGAAAGAAAAACUUAUUCGAAUUCUGAAUUUUAUUCAAAUAGUAACACACGAUGAAGAACUACAACAGUGUAGUCAGAUGUACAGCACUCAUCCAGUUAUACGAGUAUUCACUGAUUCCAUUUUAAGGCAUCCCCUUAUGGCUCAUGAACUUGCUGUGAUUGUUGUCAGUUUCUUCCUUGAUAAUUAUGGACUGCUCUCAGACCCACCACCCAAAUAUAUUCAAGAUAAUGUGAAUCACAUUUUAAGUGAAAUUGAAGCUGGAAAGCAUGUUCCUUAUCAGCCUCCUCGCUUUAGCCGUCCAGUGUCUGUGGUGGAAUAUGAGCAAGUUGGCCAAGAAUGCACCAACUCUAGUCUAGUUCUGAUGAUGAACAGUAUCAUUGACAACGUUCAGCUUUCACUAAAAGAAAAGAAAUCUAAACUGAAACAUUUCCAGAAACAUCAUCCUGAACUCUACAAAAAACAUUUUGCUAAUAUGGUCUAACAAUUGAGGAAAUCCACAUUUCUUUUAUGAAAUAUUUUUUCCUACAAGACAUUAAGUUCACAUUGUAGCCAAUGUUCUUGUGUAUUCUUCUAGUCAACUUUGUAAGCUAUUCAGUAUUAUGUUACUAAGGAUUGAUAAAUUAAACUUGUUCUAUAAGAGGCAAAAAUGAAUUUCAUAGUACUAUGAUUUUCUUAUUCAAGAUCAGGAUAUUUUCUCUAAUGUAAUUUGUAGCAUUGCUAACCUAUGAAACUGAUAACCAUGGCAGAUGUAGUGAUGUUAGCAACACUGCUACUAUGCCAAUCAGAUUAGCUCAGUAACAUCAUUGUUAUUAGCAGUUUUGCCAUCAUGUCAAUCAAGAUUGCAAUGUCUGCUUUGUCACCUUAUGAAGUAUAAAGUUAGCAAUACCUCUAUCAUGUUGAGUAGAUCAUCUUAGUAACCUUGAUGCUGUUAGCAACUUUGCCAUCAUGUUCAUCAAGACUGGUGGUUGUGAUGCUGUUAGCAGUACUGCUAUUUUGCACAUCAGAUCACCAUAGCAGCUGGGAUUUGUUAAGCAAUGUUUAUGAAAAUGAUAAUGAUUAUUGUGGUAAAAUUCACUGAUAUUAUAAUAAUGCCCUAGCAUAAAAUGAAUUGAAAUAAAUGACUUUUUAUUUAGGAGAACGUCUUUUUUUUUAUCAGGAAGUGAAUAAAGGUUUUUAUCUCUCACCUGCUUUCUGUUGCAUGCAUGCCCAAAAAUCUUUUGUAAAGCUUAUCUUUUAUAGAUAUAAUGAAAAGGCAGCAGUGUAACAAUAGUAAUGUCCUUUUAGGGUCAUUAAAUACCAAACAUGUACUGGCAUCAAUUCACCAAAUUAUAUUCUUCCUUUAUAAAAUGUUGACUGUCAGUAAUGAGAAAUACUUAUACUGUUGCAUAUACAAGCUAAUAUAUGCAGUCUUCACACAGUAUCUCAUUCAUAUGUACAUGGUCUAAGUUCUUCUUCAUUCAUGUGGUAGUAGAUAUGUGUAUUUAGUCUUUCAUUCGUGUUCUGUUUCAAGUUAAUUCAUGUAACAACUCUGUUAGUAACUAUAGCAACUAAUUCAGUCCUAAAAUCUAAAAUUACAUUUUCUAUCAAGGAUUGACUUCCUUUUUAUAUUCACUCUGACAUUGAACAAAAAACUUCAUUUGUUUUUAUGUUAUAAAUAAAUUUAUGAAAUCUUAAUAUUUAAUUAUUUUGAGUCUUUUAAUAUAAGGCUAACAGCUAUAGUUUAUAUCUGUUAAUAUAUUCCAUAUUUCGGUGAUUUUUUCUUUUUCUCAUAGGGAGAGAGACUAAAUUUCAUAUUUUGUCACAUAUUUACUGAUAUUUUCUUUGUCUAAAGAAGGUAUCCUUCUUUAUGCUCAUCAGUAUUUGCAUUGUUUUAUCUGUUUCAAACUUUUUCCUAGUUUGAAGAAGUUUGUUUCAUAUAUAAAAUUUCUUUUGAACUUCUUUGUGUUGGCCUCAAUUUAACCUUAGCUCCUUCACAACCUGAACAGUUCUCAGAAACUUAUUUACUAGCUGUCUCAUUACUAACGUGAUUAUCAAGUGAUAUACUCUCUGCACAAAAAAAAAUCUUUUACGUGUCUUAUCAGUAUAGUCAGGGCCAGUCUUGGGAAGUGUGGGGCCCAAUUGGGUGAGGUAAGGGGGGGAAUUUCCAAGGGUCCAUCCUACCCCACUGCACUCGGAUUUCCAUGGAAAAAAAAAAAUCAUUUUCAGCAUAUUAGGACAUGAGACUAGUUGAUAGCACAAGAAAAAAAAAUUAGGAAAAAAACAUCUCCCACCAAAGCCAAGUUAAGUGUUAAAAAGUAAAAUUCACCAAAAACUUUUACCAUCAGUAAGCAAAACUACAACUAAACUAUGCUUUUUGAAAAUAUUCUGGCAACAAUUGGAAAGAAAUUUAACAAGGUCCCAAAGAAACUUUUAUCAUGAUGUUACGGUGAAAGAGAUAUACAUAAAAUGAAAAUUAAUGAUUAGAAUUUUUCAGAAGCUAGUUACCUUAUAAUUUUUUCAAUAACCUCUGUUGUAGAAAACAGUCCUAUUUCUUAGCUAUAUGUUUCUGGGUUUAGCACCACUGUGUGAGAUCAAAUGUCUCCUACUAUAGCUGUUUUUGUGUGUUCUUGAAUGGCUUACAAAUAUUUUCCAUGCUGCAUUCAUUUUUAUUUUAUUUUUUGCUUUCUUUAAUACACACACACACACACAUUUACUCUUUUACUUGUUUCAGUCUUUUGACUGUGGCCAUGCUGGAGCACCGCCUUUAGUUGAACAAAUCGACCCCAGGACUUAUUCUUUGGAAGCCUAAUA